AUGGCGCUCGUGCCUCUGGCUCUUCUUGAGGCCGGCGUGUCGCUGCAGGUGUUUCCGGACGGCUCACUUGGGCAUCCUGCGAGGCACGUCGCAGCCCUCGGCCCGGGCCACCGCGAGGAUGCCCUGCAGCAGACGGCGGUCCUUCACCACCGAGUCGCGCACCCAUCACAUCCCCGCCGAGACUAUGAUCCCAGAGCAGAGGAGAAGGCCUGGCACGAGCUCGAGGACAAAGGCACGACGGGUGACAUGGAGGACUUGCCACUCGUGUCCGGGCCGCACGACUCGUGGGAGGGAUCUUCGAGCCGGCUGAAGCCACACUCCUUCGACUGGGAGCUGCCCUCUGAGAAGUGGACCUCCGCGCUCUCCUCGCCCGAAGGCGACCUCCCACCGGGCGCGCCGCAGGGCGUGCAGGACGAAGCCGAGGAGAGGCGAACCGCCAAACGUCUUGUCAGGAACGUGGAUAACUCCUUGCUGGCCAUGGUGGUGCGCAUCGGCGAUGGUGUAGGCCCCAUCACCUACUCCAGGUCUCCUGGAGUCCACCAGAGCUUGAACCGCGAGCUUCGGCAAAGGCUCGUGACGCAGGACGCUGCUGCCGUCGGCUUCUUGCUUUUCGUCCUCGGGGUUGCUGUUUGGGUGAGCUGCUUGGGCGUCUACCAGUUCGCCGACGACCCAUCGCAGGUGCUCUUCUACACAGACCCGAAGUAUGCACAGCAUCGGGUUCUCUGCACUUCUAGCGACCAGGAUUCAUUCCUCGAGGCCUUCAACACGCAGCCUCAACGCGCCACGCUGCGCCUCAUUGGCAGAAGGUCUUCGACAAGGACCGGCGGGUGCUGCGAGCUCCUGCGAGGCUCCUUGGGUUCGGCGCUGGCGCGGUGCGCGGGCCGCUCCCGGCGCUUCCUGCUCCCGGGCCGCCGGAGGCCGGUUGCAGAUGCCGACAUCUUGUUCGACGUCUCCUUAGACCUCAGCUCGCCGCUGCCUUAUUGCGUCUGGUCGGACGCCCCUGGACCUUUUGCUGCACCUGCACGCGCUAAGCUAAGGCUGGACACCCACAGCCUAACUCAUGCCCCUAAGUGGCAUGACAAUCAUCCCCUUCAGCAUUCCCACAAGCAUCCCUGA